AUGGGCCACGAUACUAACAACAUCUCAUUAAGAGAAAUAUUCUCCUCUCCACACACAGAUCUUCUCUUAGCAAUGGAAUACAUGCAUGAACACCCAUCCAUAGGUGUCUGGCAAUACAUAUGCAAUAGAAUUAGAUACUCUGAUCCUCAGACCCACUACUUGCCGCAACUUGUUCAUGUAUUUCUCCACAGUAAAGACAGGGUGUCCAGUAAACCAAUCCACAACCUUCUGAGACAUUGGGCAGCCAGAGACAAGGGUUUUUGCUGUGCAUUGUACUUCCAUUUAAGAAGUGCUCUUGAAAGCACCAAUGACAUAAGGUCCAUAUCCUGCUACUUUUUGAUCUGCGAUAUAUUUGAAAUGGAAAGAAAGAGAAUGUGUAGAAACACAAAGAUCCUAGAAAUACAGCAUAAAUACAGGAAAAAAAUAGGCAGAACUUUCUGUGUACCUGCCUCAAGAAAAGGAUAUCCCCCCCUCAAAGGAAUCCUUCUAUUUUUUGUGAAGUCUGUGUCAUGGAUAGCUAAUCCAAAGCUUUUCAGAAGAAUUUGCAAAUAUGAGGAGAUGUUUCUGGAAACAAGAAACGUAUACAAUAUAAAUGUGAAGAAGGAUCUAAGGUUUGGAAAUGCAUUUGACGGAUGGGGGAUAGAUGCAAAUGUUUCGUUUCUCGAGUCACUCGUUGAGAUCCCCAACAGGCUCAAGAAGCUUCCAAGGCACUUGAGAGAAAAGGGAUUAGAGAUGGAGAUCAAACUGUUAAAUCACAAUCUACCUGCAAGAGUAUCCCUUCCGUUCCACUCAAAGAGAUUUGUGCUAACUGCCAGGAUAGAGGAGUCCUUUCUUCUGGAUUCUGCCGAAAACUCCCCAUUUCUUGUUGUAUUUGAAACCGCAUUGGAGGUGCCAAGAAAAAGCUGUGAAAAAGAAGAGAUAAAGGAUGCCCUAUUUCUGAAGCAGCAGCUGGAUGCAGUCAGUGGGCUUUCUUCAUUAAGCGAGAUACAUGUCGUCAAGGAGAAUGUGAUGGCCUCCAUAGAAAAGAUCCUAAUGACCAAAAGAUAUGAGGAUGCCCCCCUUGAUCAUUCCCUAGAUGCUGUGGCUUUGCAGAACAAUGAAGAAAAAAAGGAGCAACACCUUGAUGAUAUCUGUAUUAGAAAGAAGGCGUCAAGACAUGGCAGAGACAAUGGGAUUCUUCUUAUGAACUCCAGGUCGUAUUCUGCAGGACAGCUAGGACAAGGAUACACCCCUAUUUCUUUAUCCAAGGAAAAAGAAAACCCAAGCACACAGACUGGAUAUAGACGCCAUAACGGGUGGAUACUUAAGAAGGCAGAGCUCAAGAGAACUUCUUUGUUCAAUAGGGAGAUCGGAUGGUGUGCAGAAUCCAUAAUUGUUAAGACCGGGGAAUCCUUAAAACAAGAACUGAUGGCCCAUCAGAUUCUACUUGAGAUGAGGAAGAUCUGGAAGGAGGAGAACAGCCCUCUGUGGGUUAAUCCAUACCAGAUCUACCUUGUAAACGACACGAGCGGGAUAGUCGAGACUGUGGUCGAUGCCACAUCAAUACAUAAGAUAAAGAAGAAGAUGAUGUCUGAAAAUAAGAAUUACUCUCUGAAGAACUACUUUGUGGAGUCCUUUGAGCUGAAUAGUGAGAAGUACAAGAGUUGCUUGAGAAACUUUUUAUAUUCUCUUGUGGGAUAUUCAUUAGCUACAUACAUUCUUCAGGUUAAAGACAGGCACAAUGGAAAUAUAAUGAUCGAUGAGCAAGGGCAUAUUGUCCAUGUUGAUUUUGGAUUUAUAAUGGGAAGCCAUCCUGGAUUCUAUUGUGUUGAGGCAGCGCCAUUCAAAUUCUCGAAAGAGUAUCUUGAACUUCUCGGAGAUCUUAUGGAUGAAUUCAAGAGCCUAUUUCUUCAAGGGUACAUGGCACUGAGGAAGCAUAGCAGUCGACUCUUUAGGAUUAUGGAAACGAUGCCUGGAAGCUUGGCCGUAGAAUGUUUCAAUGGAAGAGAAGUCCAGAAUUUCAAGGACAGAUUCCGGAUGGAUCUUAGCGAGGAGAGGAUCGAGGAGCAUGUGACAUACCUGAUAAAUAAGAGCCUUAACAGUAUGGGUACGGGUUUAUAUGACUCUUAUCAAUAUUUUUCAUAUGGAUAUCUUUAA